GGGGGCGUGGUUCCGCGUCAGGGGUGGGGCUGGGGGAGGGGCCUGGAGGAGCGGAGGAGACUAAGUUUCUGGGUGGUUAGCGGUGAGUUCCUCGGCCCUGGGUGGAGCUCAGUGACCCGACCGGACGGGCGGAUUCCGGCUGCGGCGUGGGCCAGAGGCGGGGCUGGGGGCGGCUAAGAGACUCGAGGGCACUGCUUCGGGCAAGACCGCAUAGCGGACAUGGCGAGCUCCCGGGUCCCACAGCAGCUUUUCCUACAGGGUGUGGCCGCUGUCUACUUGUUCGCCUUUGCGUCCCUCUACACCCAGAUCCCAGGCCUCUAUGGCCCAGAGGGCAUCCUUCCUGCUCGAAGAACACUGCGGCCCCAAGGCAAGGGUCUGUGGCAGCAGCUGUGGGAAACACCAACGCUGCUGUGGGAGGCACCAAGACUGGGGCUGGAUACUGCCCAGGGUCUGGAUUUACUGACCUUAUUGGGCACCGUGCUAGCCCUGGGCGCCCUGCUCCUGAACUCCCUGAGACACCCCUUCGUCUACCUGCUGCUCUGGGUUGCCUACUUAUCAGCCUACCAGGUGGGCCAAGUGUUCCUUUAUUUCCAAUGGGAUUCCCUGCUGCUGGAGACUGGCUUCCUGGCUAUACUGGUAGCCCCGCUGAGGCGGCCUUCCAAACACAAGAUUCUCCAGGGUGGCUUAGCAGGAGCCUUACCCCAUGAAGACCUCCCAUUCUGGCUCGUGCGCUGGCUGCUGUUCCGACUCAUGUUCGCCUCUGGUGUGGUCAAGCUGACCAGCCGCUGCCCUACGUGGUGGGGACUCACUGCUCUGACCUACCACUAUGAGACGCAGUGCCUGCCCACACCCGCUGCCUGGUUUGCCCAUCACCUGCCGGUCUGGCUACACAAGCUCAGCGUGGUGGCCACCUUCCUCAUCGAGAUUGCAGUGCCCCCCCUGUUCUUUGCUCCCAUUCGCCGCCUACGAUUGACUGCCUUCUAUGCUCAGGCAUUAUUGCAAGUCCUGAUUAUCAUUACUGGCAACUACAAUUUCUUCAACCUGCUAACCCUGGUGCUCACCACUGCCCUCCUGGAUGACCGUCACCUGUCUGUGGAGCCUGGCCUCAGAUGCCACAAGAAGAUGCCCACCUCCUGGCCUAAAGCCCUGCUGACCGCGCUGUCCUUACUGCUGGAACUGACUGUCUACGGGCUGCUGGCCUACGGCACCGUCUACUACUUUGGCCUGGAGGUUGACUGGCAGCAGCACAUCAUCCUCUCGAAAACCACCUUCACCUUCCAUCAGUUCUCCCAGUGGCUGAAGACGGUAACCCUGCCAACUGUGUGGCUGGGGACAGCCUCCCUGGCCUGGGAGUUGCUUGUUGUCCUCUGGAGGUGGAUCCAGGUACAAGGAUGGUCACGGAAGUUCUCUGCGGGUAUCCAGCUCUCCAUCCUGGGCACAGCUACAGUGACCUUGUUCCUGACCAGCCUAGUACCUUACUCCUAUGUGGAGCCUGGGACCCACGGGCGUCUCUGGAUUGGGGCUCAUCGCCUGUUCGGUUCUGUGGAGCACCUACAGCUGGCCAACUCCUAUGGCCUUUUCCGUCGGAUGACUGGCGUGGGCGGCCGGCCAGAAGUGGUCCUGGAGGGCAGCUAUGACGGACAGCAAUGGACAGAGAUCGAAUUCAUGUACAAACCUGGGAAUGUGAGCCGUCCACCCCCUUUCCUGAUUCCUCACCAGCCGCGCCUUGAUUGGCAGAUGUGGUUCGCAGCCCUUGGCCAGCAUACACACAGCCCCUGGUUCACCGGCCUGGUGCUGCGCCUCCUACAGGGCAAGGAGCCAGUGAUCCGACUGGUCCAGAGCCAUGUUCCCAACUACCCCUUUCAUGAGCGGCCGCCCACCUACCUGCGGGCCCAGCGCUAUAAGUACUGGUUCUCAAAGCCUGGGGAUCAGAGCCAGUGGUGGCACCGCCAGUGGGUAGAGGAAUUCUUCCCAUCUGUAUCCUUGGGGGACCCAACACUGGAAGCCCUGCUCCAACAGUUUGGACUAAAGGAUAAGAGUCCACCCCGGGCCCGCAGCCCCAGCAACGGCCUAGCUCAGACACUGAACUGGGUGCGGACACAGCUGUCUCCCCUGGAGCCUCCCAUCCUACUCUGGGGGCUCUUCGGGGCAGUGGUGGCUAUCCGAGUUGUGCAUACCCUACUCGCCCCCCGCCCGCCCCAGUCCUCAAAACAGACUAGAGAGGAAAAACGUAAGCCAGCUCCCAAGAAGGAUUCCCGAGCUGCCUCUGAGCAGGCUGCCCCCAACAGCAAUAGCAGCGACUCCUGGGCCCCGCGGCGGAAAAAAUAGUGUCCUACGCUACCAUCAGCCGGCCACGUGUCCUAAUGAUGAAGUCAGAGCCCCGGGAUCCCAGCACACACCGUGACACAGCCCAGCCACUGUGCCUUAGCCAGUCCUGCCAGGGCAGAUGCAGACUGGAACGCCCGCCGCCCCCGAGGAAUGCUGAGUGUCACCUUGAGAGCCCUGCUCAUCCCUCUACACCAACCACAUCCUUCACUACUCACCUUCUACUCUCUUGGAACCAACCCAGAAGCGGGCCUGCGGCCUAGCUCAGGACUUCUCGUGAAACGCUGUAAUCAGUGUACCCAUAGAUGCACAGGCCUGAGUCUGGAGCUCCUACGCAGCCCCACUGUGGAGAGGGGGAGCUAAACCCGCUGAGGACAGGAGCCGGGGGAAGUGGGUCGGUGAGACUGUGCCUGCCUGCCCCUCAGACUGCACCAAUAAAGACCCCAUUUGUACAUACCCA